CUUCGCUUCCUGUGAAAGCUGUGCAUCGACUUCUACAUUUAAGAGGUUUUUGGCUGGAUUUCAUAUAAGAAGACAUCUUUUGGGACAAUUUACGAGAUGUUAACAAGGAAGGAUAAAGUCUCCGAAAGUGUUCAGCCUACCUUUGCACUGUACCAGAAGAGUCUCGUUGCUGUCUGGAGGAUGACCACAUAGGAAGCAGACAUUCAGUGUGGGCUAGAAAACUUGGAAGAGCUUUUAUUCAAGAUGAAUGUCUUACAAGGAAAAGAAAACAUACAAGGCAAAGAAGAACAGUAGGUGAAUUCACUGCAGAUGGGAAAACAAGGACAACUGCUGUAUGAAGAAAAAAGAAAAAAGAUGGAUGCCAACAAAGUAUGGCAGUGGCGCAUUAUGUGUGUAGACAAAUAUUCAAGACAUCCAGAACCUUUCCAGUGCAGCAAUAGAAUUGGAUUGGAUUUUAAUGUAGCAUCCAACAACCAUCAAAAACUGGAUAUAGGUUUAGUGACAAAUGGAGUCAUACUUGAGGUCUGUGACUUUGCUAAAACAGUAAACAAGAGUAAAAGGCAUUUUUUCACAAACAUUUUAGAGAACAAUUUCAAUCUUGAUUUGGAAAAUGAUCAACAGCGGAUUGAUUUUACAUCUCGAAUUAUGCGCAAAGUUAAAAACUUGAUUGGGAAACCUAAAGAUAAAAAUGAAGUUUUCACUCUCUUUGACACACCAUGUAAUCCAGAAUGCUCGAGCAGCAAUGAACCGAACAUGGCAUCCACAAAGCAUAAGACUGAAAGUAUCCUGGUGGAGACGGAUGACACUGAUGAUUGGGAACAUGAAGAUGAAUUGCAGUGUUCACACGCAACAUCCAAAGAUUGCAUUAAUGCAGAAAGUCUCUUGGAAGUGAUGGAUAGGGCACAAAGUGAUGACAGUGACUAUGAAGAUGAAUUAAAGUUUUCAGAAGCACAGUCAGCAGAGAAACAAAAAGAUGAUGAUUUUUCCAAGUUGUUUCCCUUUUGUGAGAAAAUUGGUCUGAACCUUGAUUUUGGGUCAAAACAAAGUCUAGAGCCAGGUUUGCUGACAAAGGGCAUAAUGUUAGAGUUAAUUCACUUCACCAGAAUUCUCACUGCAUCCUACAGCCCUAUUGUUCUGGAUGUUUUGGAGCACAAUUUUGAACUUGAUCUAAAAAGUAAACUAGAAAAAAAUCAAGCUUUGUUCAAGAUAUCGCACUUGCUGAAGAAAAGAACGAGAUUUCUCAACAUUGGUACCAAAAUAAGCCCAGAGUUUAAAACUGAGCCGUUUUCAUUCCAGACAAAUCCCUUCAAAAGACACAGAGAAACAGCUCUGUCUGAUAUGGAAGCUCCGCAAUAUCAGUUUAAGGAAGUGACAAAAAGAAGGCAGUCUGAUUUAAAAAGUAAACAGGCAAUCAAAAGGCGCAAAAGAGACAUGGAAACAAACACACUCUCUUAUCACACUCAUUUAUAUAGCACUACUACAGCAGAGGGAGAUCAUUGUCACACUUGUCCUGUAGUAAAGUCUGAUUCAGACUCAGACUCUGGCAAAAAAUGUGACAUGGAACAAGAAGUAAUGGGAACAGAGGGAAACUGUUCUUAUCCCCUGGGAUCAUCUCAACUAAUCUUGGACAAAGCCACAGAUUCAGGAAACUUUUGCAAACAGAAUCAGUCACAAAACCCCAAAAGUUCUCUCGGCUACGACAUUCCUAGAAAACCAGAAUCAAACUGUCUUCAUGUGCCUUUCCUCAACACCAAUUACAUUGUAUCCACUUUACCAACUGAUAACUUAAAUGUGAUUCCACCACUUGUGACAUACAGUCAACAUAAUGAAGGAGGGCAUUGUGGAGUUGAGGAGGAAUCUCAGACUCCAAAAAUGUUUCCAAACAAGUCAGACGUGAAACAAGAAGAAAUGGAAACGGAGAACUCAAACCUUAACCCACCCUUUGCUAAUCAACCAAUGGAAAGAGGGUGUUUUGGAGUUGAAGUGCAAACACAAACUUCAAGAAAUACACCAAACAAAUGUGACGUGAAACAAGAAGAAAUGGAAACGGAGAACAACUUGUGGAAGUUGCGUGCUAACCGUGCAAGAAAAAUCCUCUCAACAUUCGAGUUUGGUCCAUUCAACAACUCAAAGAAAUUAGGUCUUGAAUUCCAUGUUGGAUUUGGUGCAAAGCAAAAUAUUAGGGUUGACAAUUUGCGAGACGCUCAUCUGCUUGAAGUUGCAAAAUUUGCCUUAGCAAUGAAUUCUUCCAAGCAGGAUUUCAUCAUGGAGAUUCUUGAACACAACUUUAAUUUCGGCUUGCAGAGUGAAGACCAGCGAAACAUAUUCACAUUGGAAAUUAUGAAUCGAGUGAGAAUGCUGGAAAAUUCUAAAGAUGCGAUCAAAUUCUCAAAUGAGAUUUGUGUACUUCCUAUUCUCCCUGGUAUGGGCAAUGUAAAACCUCAACUCGGCAACAUAUUGAAAAUGGAAGAGUGUGAUGUUGCUCCCGGGUUCCCAACUCAUUCACAAGCUAAAACUUCAGAACAUUUUUCACAGAAGGGUGUAGAUAUCUAUCCCUUCUGCCAGGAAAUAGGUCUGAAGUUAAAUGUUAACAAUCAUCAACCAAAUAAAAAACUGGACAUCAACAAACUGACAAAUGGAUCAGUGGCUGAAGUGACAAACUUUGCAGAAAAGUUGUGUGGGACUUUUGAGCAGAUUUGUCUUGACAUUCUUACACACAACUUCGAUUUUCAUUUGCAAAGUGGAGAUCCUGACAUUGCCAGAAGCAUUGUUGCCCGAAUCCAUGCUACAGUGGAGCAAAGGAAUCUAACACUCUAUGUGAAACCCUUCAAGGGACCAAAGAACCUAGGAAAAGAACAUCUAUUGGGGAAACUGAAAUUAAAGAACAACCUUAAUACAGAUGGAUGUAGUGCUGGUUCGUCCCAUACUGCUAUCACAAACCAAGAAGUAGGCAGUUCUGCGGUUGAACAGAAAAAUGAACUAGAUUUAAAGCUGUGGAAAGUGCGGGAAAAUCGUAUACAGCAAAUUCUCUCAACACCUCAUACUGAACAUUGUCCAUUAUAUUCUUACUCUAGAUGCAGGACAUUAGGCAUUGAUUUCAAUGUAGGAUCUGGAGAAAAACUAAAUCUCGACCCAAAAUCACUGACCAAUGGCAUCAUGGUUGAAUUGAAUACGUUUGCCACAGCACUGAUAUCAGACCAAAAGCACUUCGUCACAGAGAUAUUGGAGUAUAAUUUUCCUCUUGAUUUAAAAAAUGAACUGUAUCGCGGGGCCUAUAAACAGCAACUAUGGACAAACAUAUACCAAGUAAAUGGGAUGAAAAUGCACUUUGUGAAUAAGCCUUUUGAACUGCCUGGCUUGAUAUGCCUACAAAAUCCUACAAAAUAUUGCCCCAAAUGCUUUCAAGAAAGAAGUCAUAAGACUUGUCAGGAUGACUCUAACCCUAGUCACAUGCAUCAUCCAGCUAAACAUACCAUGGCGGACGCUGUCUCUGGGGAUGCAAACUGCACAGCACCAAAGCCUGAAAAGGUUCAGUCCUCUUCCUUCUCUGCAAUAGAGGAGAUGAUAGUGGAAUACUUUCCUGCUUGCAAGAACUCAGGUUUGAACCUGUUUGUUGACAAAGACCAAGCAAGAGAUAAACUUGACACCAAUGUACUGACUCGCGGAAUUAUGUUGGAAGUGGUUGGUUUUGCCAGAUCAUUGUGUGGAACAAAGGCUGAGAUCAUUGUUGAUAUCCUUGAACACAACUUUAACAUUGACUUGCAGGGGACAAGUCCUGCACGUUUGUUCUACUCUUUAGCCCAAAAGAAAGGUGGGCCUGACUGGUUUAAUGAGGUCUUUGAAAUUCCAUUUCAGUCUUCUCAGAGACAACUUCCAAUUCGUAAAUCGCCUCCGCAAGAUCAGAUUCAGGGUGCUGGAUGGAGGGAGGCUAUUAAAAAAAGAAAGCUGGCACUGCAAACAAAGGAGGAAAAAGACACAAUGACAAGUGAUAAUCCUAACAAGAUACAUUACAAGAGAAAAAAGAAAAAUACAAUGUGCAGUAAGGUGAUCCGUUAUCCCAAUUGCACGGAGAUAGGUUUGGAUUUGGAUGUAACAAAAUCCGGAAAGAAAGAAAAACUGCACUUGAGGCUAUUGACCCAAGCUGUAGUGUCGGAGAUAAAUAAAUAUACACAAACAAAUAAAGGACACUAUUUGCCAAGCACUUGGUAUGACAUCCUUGACUAUAACUUUGAUAUUAGCUCCCAACAUAAAAGAAGCUGGGAGUUUUCAAUAGCUGUAACGACCAAAGUCCAAGCCAUGCUCAGAGGUUAUGACAAAUACAGAUGCAGUAAGGUAAAAGCAAACAAGAUCUUCGAAUUGCCAUUUCUAUUUGCUUCCGAUGCUUCACAAAGUCAUCUAGAGAAGAGCCAAAAUAAGCAAUGUCAGCUCUUUGGUCGUUUUGUGCGCCAAGUGAAAUACCAUUCAGGUGUUAAUUGUGUCCAUUUUCUCGAAGGCUACAAAACAAAAGAUUGGAUCCUUCGUGAUGGCACAAAGGUACAAAGAGAUCCUAGGAAGAUUGUCCAAAACAAUGGGAACCAAGUGGGUGAUGGUUGUGGCAGUCCUCUCCAGGGAAACUUACAAAUCAAAGAGGAGGAGUGGCAUCCAUGUUAUGGAAAUAUAAAACCAAAACCGGACACAGAGGAAAAAUAUUGUCCUCUUCAUGAUGAUGUCAAAACGGAGUCAAACCCUGAGGGCGUUGCGCAUUUUGUCCCAGGUGAACCUACAGGAGCCCUUGGAUAUACGUUAAUGACUGCAUUGCCAGAUUCUGAAAGACGCAAAACAGAACCAGAACAUGAGAAUGUCCAGUAUUACAUCCUGGCUGCACCACAAGGGUCCGUUACACAUCCAAACACAGCUUGUAACUUAAAUACAGAAUGGGAGUUUGAAAAUGUUGAGUAUUCAGUCCCAGUGGAAACAGAAGAAUCCCAGGAAUACUCCAUGGUUAUAAUAGGUCAUGGCAAUGAGAGCACAUUAAUCAAAGAAGAGGAAGAUAAUGUGCCUGUUGACUUAUACCAUUAUGGUGGUCAAUGAAAGUGCAGCAGGCAUCUACCAGGGUUACCUACCAGGGUUAACAUAAAUGGUAUGUGUGUUUUUCAUUAGAAAUGCCAUUAGCUGCCUUAUUGUAAUGAAAAUGUAUUAAUUGUUGGUGUAGAAUGAACUUGAUGAUCUUGCAAUAAUGUCUUAAUGUCUUGCUGUAAUGUAUACUUUAAAUAUCUCAAUGUAAAUACAAAGACUCAAAGUGUCCACAAAUAUUGAUGUAUGAUUAAAGUGUUUAAAUGCAUAGGGCUAUUACAUAUUAUAUGUUGAAGCAUUGUGAAGCAUGAACAAUUGUUCUUUUUUUUUUUUUUUUUUUUUGCCUGUGGCCCACUUUUGGUAAUUUCCAAAUGUGUAAAAAUGUGAACUUGGAUAUCCUGACGCUUAACUUUACUUGGCGGAAAGAAGAUUAUUGUGCUUUAUUCUUAAACAUUCUAUUCUUGUUUUCCUUCAUUUGGGCAUUUUGUUCAUAUGUCCAUAUUUCUUGUUUCUAUUUUUAUGUUUUCUCUAUUUUUCAAAAAGAUUUGAUGAGUGACAUUUUCAAGAUUUUGUAUAUUAUUAUUUUUUCAGUGGUGGUGUAAAUUGGUGAAGAUGAGUGUUAGUACUUUAUUCAUAAAUCUGCCAAUACAACAACAAUGUAGAAAGGAAAAAAUACCUGUAUCUUGAUGGAUUAGUUUGUUUUUCAUUUUGAUUUCACCACACAUGUUUGAUAUAAAGAAUGUUCAUGCA